GGGCUGCCAACUUGCGUCUGCAGGGCCUUGCUACACAUCAAACACUGAUGAGACAAACACGAGAAACCUGCAGUAUUCUCUACCAGCUGUUUUUCUGCAGGUCUGGCAGUUCAGGUGUGGUUUCGUUCACAUCUGCAGAUGGUUGAAGAAGCAGGUGCGGUGCUGGGAUUUAAUUAAGUAAUUUGUCUGAAAGGGUUACACGCUUGGGAAGGCUGCGCCGCUGUUGUUUGUUGUCACUUCCGGGCGAGCCGUCGGUGAAUUGGCAGAUCACAUCGCCGGUGAAGAAGUUCAUCAGCAUCGAUGCUCCGUGCAGGCAGGAUGGAGGAGUUUGUCACGGAGGAUGAGGAGCCGUGGUACGACCAGCGGGACCUGGAGCAAGACCUGCACUUGGCUGCCGAGCUCGGCAAGACUCUUCUGGAACGCAACAAGGAGCUGGAGGACUCUCUACAACAGAUGUACAUCAACAAUGAGGAGCAAGUGCAAGAGAUAGACUACCUGUCCAAGCAGUUGGAGAUGUUGAGGGACAUGAACGAGCAGCAUGCAAAGGUGUAUGAACAGCUGGAUGUGACUGCCAGAGAGCUGGAGAUCACCAACGAGAAACUGGUCCUGGAGAGCAAGGCCUCGCAGCAGAAAAUAGACAGGUUGAUGGGCACCAUGGAGACCUUGCAGGGUCAGGUGGACAGCCUGACAGGCCGGGUGGAGGAGCUGCGAACUCUGGAGGAGCUGAGGGUCCUCAGAGAGAAGAAGGAACGGCGCAAGACUGUCCACUCCUUCCCCUGCCUCAAAGAGCUCUGCACAGCGCCAAGGUAUGAGGAUGGUUUCCUGCUGGCCAACCCGGGUAGUGUGGACCUGGCUGAGAGACAGCCAGUGGAUGAGGAGAAUGAGCGCCUGAGAGGCAUUGUCUCCUCCCUGCGCUCAGCCAUGGCCACAGAGCGGUCCAAAAGGGAAAGCGCUGAGCGGGAGUGUGCCGGUGUGCUGCAGGAGUUUGAGCGCCUGGAACAGCGUCUCAUGGGUGCAGAGGGCUGCCAGCUGCGGGUUCAGGAGCUCGAGGCUGAGCUCCAGGAGAUGCAGCAGCUGAGGAAGUCCAGGAUGUGCCUGAUUGGGGACAUGGAAGACGGCCUAGAGUCCCUGCUCAACAACGGCCCUGAGACAGACUCCCCAGAGGAGGACACAGGGCCGGAGGAAGGAGGGGAAGGAGGUGCUGGAGAGGUCACAGGGCAGCAGGGAGGCCCAGUGAGGAAAAGCUGCAGCGACACAGCUCUGAAUGCCAUCUCAGCCCGCGACGCCUCAGGCAGGCGUCAGGGCAGUUACGCCCUCCAUGCCAACGGCGUACGCAAACGUGGCAUGUCCAUCCUGCGGGAGGUGGACGAGCAGUACCACGCUCUGCUGGAGAAGUAUGAGGAGCUGCUGGGGAAGUGCCGGCGUCAUGAGGAGAGCCUGUGCCACGCUGGGGUGCAGACCUCGCGGCCCGUCUCCAGAGACCCCUCCAUGAAGGAGUACAGCAUGGUCACGGCGGGGCCUUCGACAUCGGGGGCCGUUGCCGCCCCUCCCACACCCCCUCAAACUCCCUCCACCCCAGAGGCCCUGGAGGGGAUCAGCAGGCAGGUGGAGCAGGUGGACAAACGGCUCAGCCAGAACACGCCGGAGUACAAGGCCCUGUUCAAGGAGAUCUUUUCCCGCUUGCAAAAGACCAAGAGUGACAUGAACUCGACCAAGAGCAGAAAGACUAAAAAAUGAGUUCAUUAUAACAGCUACUGAUGCUGCAUGCACUGAAAACAGUGACUACACAAGAUAUGUUAAUUUACCUCCCUGUUGCUUUUCUUGUCUUACCUUUGACCACUUAUGACCUAAUGGGUGGAUGCCUGUAGUCAUGGAGUUGGGUGAUUACUGAUGCAUAUUGUUAGAGCGGACGCUUCCAUUUGCUCUCUGGGAAUCAAUUUGAAACUGCCAAAUGUUUUAUUUCAGCACAUGGAUGAGAGAUCGUUUAUGUGGAUGAAAUGCCUUUUUUUUCCCCCCCUGAGUGAUCGUCACUGACAAAUAAUCAGAAUGGAAGGUUUUGUUUGGCUUAGGGCAGUCUAGUGUGUGGUGUAGUAUUUGUCAUUGAGAUGUACUGAAAAGAUUCAACUAUUUAUUUUUUAUUUAUGGAAAAUAAUUAAGCCAAAUAAGAAAAAGACAGCUAUUGGCAUUUGAAGCUUAUAUCUGUACUAUAAACACUAAGUGCUAAAUUGGUCUUUAAAAGCAAGUACAAACUAAAUCACAAGCUUUGACCAGCUUGAGGUUGCUUAAAGACACAAGAGUGAUGAGUUAUUUUGAAUUUGUCGGAUUGGUACAAAUCCUUGGUGACAGCUGCCAAAGUGUACUGCGCAUAAGUGUUUGAUGGAGAUUGGUUUACUUACAUGGUUUAUAACUUAUCUGGUGAAGGGCGGAGAUGCCUCUGGUGUUUAACAGCAUGCAUUACACGCUGCGGGGGGGCAAAUUUGUUCUUGUAGUGGGGCCAUUUAAAAUGUUUUUUUCCCUUCUGUUAAUUAAACUAAGAAAUGUAUCAUCCAUGUUCCGUCUUCAUUGUUAAGUGCUCAGGGAGGCAACGAUUCAAAUACUACAGCAGGUAGUUUGUUUGGUUGAAUAAAACAGGACGCAUGCGGGCCCAGUCUGAACACUUUAAUGUGAACACAGGAGAUCAGUAAACUGUAGGUAACAAGUAGCACACGUUUGAGUCAAACCCACAGAGAAACAUCAGUCCAUGACACAUGACAGCUGACUGAAGCUGCAGACAGACUUCAUUCACAUAUUUGGAGUGUGUAAAAAAAACAAAAACACUUUAUAUGGCAGGAUGUAUAACCCAUCAAUGUCUGGUUGGGGACUGAUGUCUCUGUACUGGUUCAGAAGUCAAUUACAGAAAAGGUUUCACCUCACUGAUGUUGAGCACCUGAGUGCAAGUCGAGUCAGCAGGAGCAGCGUGUGGUUGAAAGAGACCGGAGGCACAGUCAGCAUUUGUAAUUUUAAACUUCAGUAAUACGAGGUGAGCGGAUUAAAAGUCCUUGCGUUUGAUUGAGGAAGGAACUAAGGUUAACACCUCGGACACGCUGAAAUAUGGGCUCAGGGACAAAGAGGACACUGGCUGACAAAAGGCCAUUAGAACAACCUGGACUUAUAUUUACAGGUGAACAAAAAAAAAAAAAA